AUGUUUUCAUUAAGAGCGCCGUUCCGCACAAUCCGGGCCAUGCCCUCGCCCAUCGCCGCUGCGGUCGCUCCCCAAAUGGCUGGUCGACGAUUCUACCAUGAUAAAGAUAAGUUUCCCUGGGAUAAUGCACCCCGAAACCCGGGUUCCAUGGACAAGAAGGACCCCGCUGUCGGCACUGGACUCGUCGGCGCUCCUGCAUGCGGCGACGUCAUGAAGCUGCAGAUUCGAGUAGAUGAGGCUACGGGCACUAUUACCGAUGCCAAGUUCAAGACGUUUGGAUGCGGUUCCGCAAUCGCCAGCUCGAGCUAUUUGACUGAACUGGUAAAGGGGAUGCGAUUGGAGGACGCUUCCAAGAUCAAGAACGUCGAUAUUUCAAAGGAACUCUGCCUACCCCCCGUGAAGCUCCACUGCUCCAUGCUUGCCGAAGACGCUAUCAAGGCCGCCAUCGCCGACUACCACGGCAAGAACCCCAAGGCCAAGAUCACCGAUCUGGCUGGCACCGCCAAGACGAUUCGAGAGACUAUGCAGCAAGCUGCUUAA